AUGUCCGGCCAUCUUGAUGGGCAAUUGAAUGCUUAUGAGGGGAAUCCUAUUGAAGGGCAAAAAAGAAGCAGGGCGAACGUUGUUCAUGAAAGGACACUACGGGAAAAACUACAAAUGAAAUAUCAUGAGCCAAUCGUAAUUAAUGGAGGUACCACAAUGGUGAGGGUGCCGCUUUCUUUGACUAUGGAGGGAAGGAAAAAAUGGGGAAAUUGCUUGGUGGGGUCGUUUAUUGAACGAAAGCCUCUGUUUCAUUCGGUUCAAUUUAUGACUUUGAAAUUGUCGCAAAAAUAUGAGAUCAAGGAUAUUAUGAUGAAUGAAAAGGGGUUUUUCUUUUUCAAAUUUGAGGAAGAGGCAAUGAUGUUUCAGUGCCUAGAGGAUGGCCCAUGGUUAUUUCAAAACAAGCCUAUUCUGCUACAGAAAUGGCAACCUAAGAUGGAAAUAAAUAAAGAAGCACCACAAUUUAUACCAUUAUGGGUAAAGCUUUUUGAUGUCCCAUUAGAGUUGUGGAAUGCUGAGGGACUGAGUUACAUUGCCAGUGGGGUGGGUAAACCUCUAGGGGUGGACAAAAUAAUGGAAGACACUUGCAGAUUUGGAGUGGGCCAAAUAAGCUUUGCAAGGGUUCUCAUGGAAGUUGAUGCUAGAUGCCCAUUACCGGCAGUGACAAAAAUUCAAAUGCCUAAUGAGAGAAAUUUGGCACUUAAGGUUAUGGAUGUAAAAGUGGAGUAUCAGUGGCACCCAUCACAAUGUGCAAGAUGUUGCGUGUUUGGUCACGGGGAGGUCUCUUGCCCACGACAACCUAGAGUGGAGAGUCAAGGGAAUAUAAUGGAGAAUGUGCAGAAUAGUCCUGAUAAAGAUGAGGGGUUCCUAAAGGUUUCUAGACGAGGCAAAGGGAAAGGAGUUGGCGGACCUAGAAUUGAUAAUCGCCCUAAUCCUCAGUGA